AUGGAUGAAGCUCUCACUAGCCCAUCAACAACUCAUUUAAAUAACGAUGAUGCAGUAAAAAGAAACCAGGACCUAAAUUUUCAAAGUGAUGUGGAUCUCCUAUUGCCUGAGUGUUCUUCUCCCUUGACUUCAUCUGUCGUCCUUGAAGAAUUUAUGGAUAAACCACAUUUAGAUAACUCAACGGAAGAUGGUAACUAUAAUGGUUCUAAAACGCCGAAGUUUUCGAAGGGUUUGACUGAUACUGAAAUUGCUGCUCUUUCUGGUGCAUUAUCCGGGUUUGUUGCUGGGGUAAUUGUAUGCCCCUUAGAUGUGGCAAAAACAAGACUACAAGCACAGGGAUUAUACGAAAUGCCUGCAUAUUACUCUGGUUUAUUUGGCUCUUUAAAUACUAUAGUGCGAGAUGAGGGUUUCAGAGGAUUGUACAAAGGUGUUGUACCAAUUGUUCUAGGUUAUUUUCCAACGUGGAUGAUAUACUUCACAAUCUACGAAAAGUGCAAAAAGAAGUAUCCGCAUAUAUUCCCAAAUGAUUUUCUGUCGCAUUCAGCAUCAGCGUUGACCGCUGGUGCCGUGUCUACUGCAUUGACCAACCCUAUUUGGGUCGUUAAAACGAGAUUGAUGACACAAUCUAGCAAGAGCCGGCACUCUACAAAUUAUAGUGGGACAAUAGAUGCAUUCCGAAAAAUGUAUAAAACUGAAGGGCUAAAGGUUUUUUACCUGGGUCUAGUACCGUCUUUAUUCGGAUUAUUCCAUGUCGCAAUUCAAUUUCCAGUCUAUGAAAAGCUAAAAAGAUUGUUGUAUUACAACACCACAGUCGGCGGAAUGGAAGGCGGUGAAGAGAAUGAUGUGAAUCUGGGAAGACUAAUAAUCGCAUCCUGUGCAUCAAAAAUUGUGGCUAGUACUAUAACCUAUCCCCAUGAAAUUCUACGUACCCGAAUGCAAAUUAAAUCAACCGGUGGAGACCAACUUGGAGUUUUUAGUCUUAUCAAAAAGAUUUCUGUUAAAGAGGGCUUUGCGGGAUUCUACUCCGGCUUUGUAACAAAUAUGUUCCGGACAGUUCCAGCUUCUGCCAUAACUUUAGUUUCAUUCGAAUAUUUUAAGAAGUCUUUUAAAAUCUGGAAUGAUACCCUUUUACUUUGA